GGUUGGGGCUGAGCUAGAAGAUGUUGUCCCUGCUCCUUAUGGAAGUGCCCAGCCGGCGGCAGCUGCGGCUCGCUUGGUCUGUUCUCAGGGUGUCCUAAGGCUUCCUGACUGGUGAGCUCCUGGGAUUGCUCGAAGGCAGCGAGCAGCAAAAGCCACGGGGUUGUUACCUGAGGGUUUCCAGAGGGGAAAGCCGUCUGCUGAGGAGAGCAGAGCAGGACCAUGGCGUCUGGGGAGUGCCUUCUGCUAGACCUGGAGACAGAGAACUUCGUCCUCUACAACAUCUCUGCCAACCAGAGUGCCAACCUCUCCCUCCUCAGCAGCGACUGGUUCUACCCAGCCUUCCUCUAUGCCAUCCCCACCGUCUAUGGCAUCAUCAUCCUGAUAGGCCUGAUUGGCAACAUCACUUUGAUUAAGAUCUUCUGCACUGUGAAAUCCAUGAGGAACGUCCCCAACCUGUUCAUCUCCAGCCUGGCUCUGGGGGACCUGCUGCUCUUAGUGACCUGCGUGCCCGUGGAUGCCAGCAGGUACCUCGCUGACGAGUGGCUCUUUGGCAGAACUGGCUGCAAGCUGAUCCCCUUCAUACAGCUCACCUCCGUGGGGGUGUCAGUCUUUACUCUCACUGCUCUCUCAGCUGACAGGUACAAAGCCAUAGUCAGGCCAAUGGAGAUCCAAGCCUCCCACGCCCUGGUGAAGAUCUGCGCCAGAGCUGCUGCCAUCUGGGUGGUGUCCAUGCUGCUGGCCGUGCCCGAGGCGGUGUUCUCCGACCUGCACCCGUUCCACGACAGGGGCACCAACAGGACCUUCGUCAGCUGCGCGCCCUACCCGCACUCGGGCGGGCUGCACCCCAGGAUCCACUCCAUGGCUUCCUUCCUCGUCUUCUACGUCAUCCCCCUGGCCGUCAUCUCGGUCUACUACUACUUCAUCGCCAAGAACCUGAUCCGCAGUGCCUGCAACAUCCCCGCAGAGGGCAACCUGCACGUCAGGAAGCAGAUCGAGUCCCGCAAGCGCCUGGCCAGGACGGUGCUGGUCUUUGUGUGCCUCUUCGCCUUCUGCUGGCUCCCCACCCACAUCGUCUACUUGUACCGCUCCUACCACUACUCGGAGGUGGACACCUCGGUGCUGCACUUCGUCGCCAGCAUCUGCGCUCGGGUCCUGGCCUUCACGAACUCCUGCGUCAACCCCUUCGCGCUCUACCUGCUGAGCAGGAGCUUCCGCAAGCACUUCAACCGGCAGCUGCUGUGCUGCGGGGCCGGGCGGCUGCGCCGCUCGCUCAGCGCGCCCCGCAGCACCACCCGCGCCAGCUCGCUCCGCAGCACCAACCACUCCCUGGCCACCUUCAGCCUCAUCAACGGCACCCCCGCAUGCCACGAGGGCUACGUCUGAAGGGCACCGCCGGGGGCUGGCAC